CGCUACGCUGCCGGCGGAUCUUAGGAAAAGAGCGCAUGUUAUCAAAGCAUUUGAAGGAGCAGAGGUUGUCUUCCACAUGGCUGCUCCUGAUUCAUCUAUCAAUAACUAUCAGCUUCAUCAUUCAGUCAAUGUAGAAGGAACCAAGAACGUUAUUCGUGCUUGUGUAGAAUGCAAUGUCAAAAGGCUUAUCUACACAAGUUCGCCUAGUGUUGUUUUUGAUGGUGUUCAUGGAAUUUUUGAUGGAAUGGAAUCAAUGUCAUACCCUGAGAAGUUCAAUGAUUCUUAUUCAGAGACCAAAGCAGAAGGGGAAAGGUUGGUAAUAAAUGCCAACGGGAAAAAUGGACUGCUUACAUGUUGUAUACGCCCUAGCAGUAUUUUUGGUCCUGGUGAUAAGCUUCUGGUGCCAUCACUAGUUUCUGCUGCGAAGGCUGGGAAAUCUAAGUUCAUUAUUGGUGAUGGCAACAAUUUAUAUGACUUCACCUAUGUGGAAAAUGUUGCAUAUGGCCAUAUAUGUGCAGAGCGAACUCUAGCUUCUGGUGGCUGUCGUGCGGAGAAAGCAGCUGGACAGGCCUAUUUCAUAACUAAUAAUGAACCAAUAAAGUUAUGGGAGUUCUUCUCACUUAUUCUUGAAGGGCUUGGAUACGAAAGGCCAAGCAUAAAUAUCCCAGUUGCCGUGGUGAUGCCUAUAGCGCGUUUUGUAGAGUAUACAUAUAAAUCCUUCUCUCACUGUGGUUUGCGCGUGCCUCAGCUGACACCUUCAAGAGUUAGACUUCUUUCGUGUAACAGAACUUUCAGUUGUACUAAAGCCAGGGUUCAUCUUGAUUAUGAACCUCUAGUUCCACUCAAGGAAGGUCUGAAGAGGACAGUCGCUUCAUAUUCACAUUUGAGAGCUGUCCCACGAAGUCGUGCAUCUAAAGUGUCGUUGAUUCUUGGAAAUGGAAAAAUGGCCAACACCCUUCUCUGGAAAGAUAAGAAACAAACACUCACUGUGUUGCUGGUCUUGGCUAUUAUUUACUAUUACUUGUUUGCAUUUGGAUAUACCUUCAUCACAGCAGUAUCAAAGCUUCUCUCGCUCGCCGCUUUUUACUUGUUUGGUCAUGGUUUUCUACCUACAGAAAUACAGGGAAUCAAAUUUGGGAAGAUACCACCUUCAUAUUUUCAUUUAUCAGAAAGAAAGGCACACCGUCUUGCUUGCGUGGCAACUUCUUCAUGGAAUUCUGCAGUUCGCAUACUAAAAUCUCUUUGCAGGGGGAAGGAUUGGCCACUAUUUCUGAAGGUAGUAAGCAUUCUAUUGUCUAUCAGCUUCCUCGGAACCCUGCCUCUGCAAAGCAUAUUCACACUAGGUGUUUCUUUGCUCUUCUUUGGCUUUGUUGUUUAUGAAAAAUGGGAGAAGGAGAUUGAUGUGCUAUGUAGUAGAGCUUACCCCCAUUUUCUGAAGCUGAAAGCUGAUGCUCUUCAGAAAUUAUCAAAUAAUUAACAGCAGAAGAUCUCAAGUUUAAAUGUCUUAUUUUUUUUCCCCAUUCUUGUUGUCAAAAUGCAUCUAUUCUUUGAAUUAUUUACCUAGUUAAUUGCCAUAAAUACAGCUAGCCUUUUUCUUGCUUUCAUUUUUAAUUUAGCAACAUAUCUUUUAAUUGUUUGUAUUAAUAUUUGGGGUAAUAAUCCUACGCUGUGUU